AUGGAUUUCGUUGGGCCAUUUGUGGGUGUUAUUGACAGUUAUCUGAUUGCUCCCUUUGUUCGACAGAUAAACCACUUGAGAAGGUCCAAUGACAAUGUCAAUGGCCUGCAAACUGUUGUUCAAAAACUAAAGGCAAGGAGGAAUGAUGAGCAAACCACUCUAAAAGCAGAAGAAAACGUUGGAAGAGUGAAGACCGCCACGGCGAGCAAUUGGUUCGAGGCCGUUGAGAAAAUCGAAAUGGAAGCCGAUGUCAUAGAAACAGAGUACAAUCAAGGGAAGUGUGCAGGGGGUUGGUGUGUGAACUGUUGGUCACGCUACAAAUUGAGCAAGAGAUCUGCAAGUCUCAAGCUAAAGGCGAAGGAGAGGUUCGACGAACAAUUUGCUGUGGCAAGGCAGCCUGCUCUAAAACGUGUGAUAGAGAUGCCAGCCGAGCCAAUAAUCAACAACCAGCCAUCAACUCAAAGGAUGCUGAAGCAGAUUUUUGAUUGCAUAGGUGAUCCAGAAAUUGACAUCAUUGGGGUAUAUGGUAUGGGAGGAGUGGGUAAAACCACUUUGGCCAAAGAAAUAAACAAUCAAUUCAAAGAGAAUUCUUGUUUUGAGAUUGUGAUAAUGGUCACAGUGUCUGCCACUCCCAACAUCCCAAGUAUCCAAAUCAGUCUCGGUAAGCGCCUCGGAUUACCAGAUGAUAGGAUUGGGGCUGGUGCAUUGUUCGAAGCCCUAAGGAAGAAGAAAUUUCUUAUAAUUUUGGAUGAUGUGUGGAGCAAAUUAAAGAUCGAUGAUGUUGGAAUCCCUCACCCAGCUCAAAACAGCAAUGGAAGCAAGAUUCUUAUGACUAGUCGAAAUCAAGAUGCCUGCACUGAUAUGGGUGCUAGUAAAACAAUAAGAGUGCAGCCAUUGUCUGAAGCCGAGUCGUGGGAGGUUUUCGUUAAAGAAGCUGGUGAACAUGUUGGUGCCGAUGGCAUAAAGCACUUCGCUGGAAAAAUUGUUGGAAGGUGCAAGGGUCUUCCCCUUGCAAUUGUCACUGUUGCUCACGCAAUGGCAAAUCGACAUGGAGUUGGGGUGUGGGAGAAUGCCUUGAGGGAAAUGAAGCAAUCAGCAAAAGAUCUCCGAGGUAUGAUAAAUGAAGUAUUUGUUCCUUUGAAAUUCAGUUUUGAUAGAUUGGAGAAUGAUUUGCUUCGGAGCCUAUUUCUUUAUUGUGCCUGUUUCCCUGAAGACCAUGACAUAGGCGUAGAUGAGAUGUUAAACUAUUGGGUUGGAGAGGGAUUAGUAGAUAAAUUAGGGAGUUUGAAAGCUGUUAGGGAUAAAGGUGAGGAUCUAAUUGAGAGUUUGAAAAUUGCUUGCAUGUUGGAAAAUGGAGAGUAUAAAGAUAGUGUAAAGAUGCACGAUAUGAUGCGUGAGCUUGCACUUUGGAUUACAUCUUCAGAGUACUCUGGUAGUAACCUCAAGUUUUUGAUAAGGACUGGUGAAUCAGUUAAAGAGGCACCACAGGCUCAUGAGUGGGUAGAUGCAUCAAGGAUUUCUCUAUUUGGUACCCAAAUAGAGGAGUUGCCGGAGUUGGGAGAGAAGAUGUGCCAAAACCCAGCCACUUUACUAUUGAGGGGGAAUAGGAUCCUCACUGCAAUUCCCCCAACAAAUUUCUUGCAACACAUGGAUCGUCUUAGCGUACUUGAUCUUUCUUACAGUGAGAAAUUGGAAUAUAUCCCAGAUUCCUUGUCAUGUUUGGUGAAUCUUCGAGUACUUAAGUUACGAGGAUGUGAAGGGUUGAGAGCAUUGCCUGCACUGGGAAUGCUCCGACAGCUCCAAGUUUUAGAUUUAUGGGCUUGUACAAUGUUAGACCAGCAAAUCCUCGGAGGAGGAUCUGAAUGCGUGGGAGGUGCAAGUAAUUUAAGAUACUUGGAUGUGGGAUGGAGCAACGUUUCAUUUCAAGUGGGGGUAAUGUCUCGUUUGCCCAAAUUGGAGGAAUUGAGAUUGUGGGAAGCAAAUAAAAUAAAAUGGAAGGUGAAGAGUGUUGGUGAAGAAGAUGAAAAAUGGGAUAUUGGGAGUAAUAUUACUGGGUCGUCUGAUGAUCGUAAAGGACAAAGCGAGGAUAAGGAGAAGGAGGAGAAGGAGGAGAAGGAGAAGAAAACAAGUGGUGGGUCGUCGUCAUCUACUACUAGUAGUAGUAGUAGUAGUAGUGUCGACAUUAAUGAUUCCAUCAUGAGCCGCAAUGUCAACAUCAAUAUUGAUGUGGAGGAGUUGUUCCACUUGACCUCUUUAACAUCUCUGUCCAUUAGCUUCGAAGAUAUCAUUGUUUCUGAUUGGUUCAAACCUUUGGCCAAGAAGAUGAAGGUGUUGAACCUGAGACGUUGCACAAUCGUAAAACAAGAUGCUCUACAAGCUCUCAAUGAAUCCCAAAAUCUGUGUUUCUUAACCAUUGAUGCUUGCCUGGGUGUGACAUGUGUGCCCUCACGUGUUCAACGUAGUGUUCGUAUAAUGGAUUGUGAGGACUUGGAAGCGGUGUUGGAUGGAGCGGAGGAUCACCAUCAAGAUUCCUUUGAGACGUUAGACCUAAUGACAUUGCCAAAAUUGAAAAGGAUAUGUGCUGCUGCUGCUGGUGGUAGUCUUGCAUCACUAAAUUGCUUUGCUCAACUACGGAGUAUAUUUAUAAUGAAAUGCAAUAGCUUGAGGAUGGUCUUCACGAAGGGAAUGCCACGCCUGUUCAACAACUUGGAGACAAUUUUUAUUCGUAAAUGUGAGAAAAUGGAAGUAAUAAUUGAAACAGAGGAGGAGGAGGUGGAAGAAGUUGGGGAAGACUUGUUGGAAGUGGGGAUUAUUGAUAAUGGAGGAGGUGGAGGAGUAAUCUCACCCUUCCCAAGACUCAAGUAUUUAAAUCUAGAAGGCCUACCAACACUAGCUGACGUGUGCACCAAUCGCAUCUUGAAUUGCCCCCUUCUCAAAGGGAAAGACGUGACGGUGAUAAACUGUCCGAAGUUAAAGCAGAAUCCUCUCCACAUACGAAAUGCGGAAGGAUUAAUUUUCAUAUAG